AUGAUGGCCCCCAAGCUCAGCAACUUCCUCGCCGUCGUGCUCAUGCUCCUCGGCCUCGUCGCCGCGCAGCAGAGCAACACCGCGCGCUCCACGUCCGUCAGCUCCUCCUCGGCGGCGGCGUCGACCACGGGCGCCAAGGGCACGGCCACGCCCGCCGUCACCACCGGCAGCAGCAGCGCGUCCGCCUCGGGCACCCGCAAGUCGUCGAGCGCGUCCGCCAGCGCCAGCGCCAGCACGACCAAGAAGAGCGCGGGCAGCCGGGGCGCCGGCGCCGCCGACUCGACCCUCAUCACCGUCUCGCUCGCCGCGGGACUCGUCGUCUUUGGCGUCGCCAUGUCCUAA